AUUCACAGAGAAAACAAAAACAAACGAGAGACAAAACUCAAUCCAAAACAAAACAAAAGCCAAGUUUUUUGUAGUAAGUAAAAAAUCCAAAUUAUGGGAAUCAUAGUUCCAGUUUUGACCCUUGUCUUCCUCUUGUUUGCUAAAGUGAGCCAUGGUGCCUCCAAUCCUAGGGUGAUUCUAGUUGGUGGAUCUGUGGGAUCAUGGAAGGUUCCUGAUUCUCCUAACAACACUCUCAAUCACUGGGCCGAGAACAACCGUUUCAAAGUCGGCGACUUCAUCGUGUGGAAGUACGACAUGAAAGUAGAUUCGGUACUACAAGUGACAAAAGAAGAUUACGAGAGCUGUAACACAGCAAAUCCCUUGAAGCAAUACAAUGAUGGAAACACUAAGGUUGCGCUUGACAAAUCUGGCCCUUACUUCUUCAUUAGUGGUGCUCCUGGUAACUGCGCUAAAGGCGAAAAGAUUACCCUUGUUGUUUUGGCUGAACGCAAAUCCGGUGGUGGCAGCAGCAGCGGUGACGCUCCUAAGGUUUCUCCUGUUAGUCCUACGGCUCAAACUCCAGCUCCAGCUCCCGGUCCAGCUGCAGCCCAUAACGCUGCGGUGGGGUUGAAGGUUGCAAGCGGUUGGUUCUUGACCGCAGUCGUGGUUGGUUUGGCUAUGGCUUAGAGCUUAGAGGGGUUUGGUCGAGAGAAUGUAGUUUUUAUUGAGUUCACUUUUUAGCAAGAUUUAGUUUUAUUUUUCCAGAUUGUUGACGUUUCUUUUGUUCCCUUAGUUUUUCAUUAUAAAAGAUCUCUCUUUCUGUUUUUUGUUAUGUGUUUGGGAUAUUAUAUUCACUCUUAAAG